AUGGCUUCUUCUUCUUCUUCCGCUGUCUCUUCUCACUCCAGCUCUUCCUCUCACGCUAGUUCUUCUUCCGUUCACACUAACAGUGCUCUAGUAUCUGCUUCUGUCGUUGCUCCAUCUUCCGUCUCUGCUUCUGCUUCUUCUACUGCUAAGAACUCUACUAAGAAACAUAAGAAUGCUGCUCCAGGUAUGGUUGCUAACCCAAUCUCUUGGAAAUACGGUUUGGGUCUAGGUGCUGCCAUUGUCGGUUCCUUCGUUCUAGGUUCCAACAUUUAA